AUGAAUAAUGUCACUGAAGUUACCGUGUUUGUACUCAAGGGCUUCACAGACAGCAAAGAACUGCAGAUCGUUCUCUUCUUCUUGUUUCUACCAGUUUACCUUUUCACUCUCAUAGGUAAUUUAGGAUUGAUUAUAUUGGUCUCUGGGGAUUCCAGGCUCUGCAACCCAAUGUACUAUUUUCUGAGUGCUUUAUCAUUCUUGGAUGCCUGCUUUUCUACUGUUAUUACUGCAAAAAUGUUAAUAGAUUUUCUUUCAAAAACAAGCAUUUCAUUCCUUGGAUGUGCAGCACAAAUGUUCCUUGCUGUUACUUUUGGAACCACAGAGUGCUUUCUCUUGGCAGCCAUGGCUUAUGAUCGCUAUGUGGCCAUCUACAACCCACUUCUCUAUUCAGUGAGCAUGUCACCCAGGGUCUAUGUGCCACUCAUCAUCGCUCCCUACAUUGGAGGAAUGCUACACGCUAGUAUUCACACAGUGGCCACUUUUAGCCUGUCCUUCUGUGGGUCCAAUGAAAUUAGACAUAUAUUCUGUGAUAUUCCUCCUCUACUGGCCAUUUCCUGUUCUGACACUCACAUAAAUGAGCUUCUGCUCUUCCUCUUUGUGAGCUCCAUUGAGAUAGUCACCAUCCUGAUUGUCCUGAUCUCCUAUGGCUUCAUCCUGUUGGCCAUUCUGAAGAUGCAUUCUGCUGAAGGGAGGAAGAAAGUGUUCUCUACCUGUGGCUCCCACCUGACUGGAGUGUCCAUUUAUCAUGGGACCAUCCUCUUCAUGUACAUGAGACCAAGUUCCAGCUAUGCUUUGGAGCAUGACAUGAUUGUGUCGAUAUUUUACACCAUUGUGAUUCCCAUGCUGAAUCCUAUCAUCUACAGCUUGAGAAACAAAGAUGUUAAGGAAGCAAUGAAUAGAAUGUUUGGGAAAAGUUAG